AUGAUCUGUUGUGAGUUUGAUGGUGUCUUGAAUAGUAAUUCGUUGUGCUUCUGUGAAGAUGUACCGUUCAAAGUUCAUAGACCGAGCAAUAGUCAAGCCGAUGAUUCGGCUUUGAUAUACGUUGAUGACUCCAACAAUAUUCGUCUUGGUGUAAUUGUUGGUAUUAUUCGAUUAAUAGCUACUACUAACAUAGGGAUGUGCAGUGUCGGUAUACUGAUCACCGACUUGCACCGACUUGCACCGACGGUGUGCUCAGUGGNGGAUUGUGAUUUCUUCUUACUUAAUGGGAUAAAAUACAUAAAUGAUUUACUUGUCUAUACACAAUUUCCAACACCUCCAAAUACUAUUUCCAUUGGAUAUAAUUCAAUCAUAGAGAAAGCUGCCUAUCGAUUCGAUCAACAUCAGAAUUCAAUAUGUGAAUUACACCUUUUUCCAAACCUUCUAGAAUCUACAUGA